AUGAAGAACAUUUUCAACAUAUUUUCCAACAAAAAGUCAAAUAUACCAGUUACGUCUUCCCUUGAUAAUCAAGAAGUGUUUUCUACUAUACUUGAAUACCCACCGCCUGUUACAAUCGCAUCCACAGCAAAUUCAAGUAAAAGAUUGUUGCUUGAACAAUCACUUGCUGAACAACAAAAUAAAAUUGAUCCUAUCUCUAUGUCUCUGGCAAGACAGAGCUUGGACGGAAGAAUUUGUUAUAAAAACAGUCCUUCAAAGACACCUGUCCCAUAUUGCAAUAAUUCUUCAUUGUUCCUUGGUCAUUUUGAUAAGAACAAUAGUAGUACAAUUGUGAUUGAAGAAGAAGAGGACAGUGACGAAGAUAGAAAAAUGAUGCAAAGGCUGUCUGCAUCUUCUUAUCAAGUUUGGUGA